AUGCAGUCGCAAAGUCGGUGGUACUUGAAUGCGCAGGCCAGCUCCCCUGCGAGCUCAGCCGAGGAUGCCUUCAAGGAGGCGCUUGCCGUCUUUCAGCUGGAUCCCCGCACCUGCGCCAAAUUCGACAGAGUUCAGCAACUUCAAAGUCUCAACGACUUGGAAGGCAUUCUCAACGAAGCUCGAUCCAAGUACGGGCGACAACAUGAGGACAAAAAGGUCGCUAAGUGGUUAUCAAAGCUAUCGUUGCGCAUCUGCCAUUAUGGCCAGAUCUUUGACGUCCUCGUCCAGCAUCACCCUGAGUACGUCAGUCUGGCAUGGGGAGCAAUGAAGUUUCUCUUUGUCUUAGUGGAAAACCACGGGAAACAACUCCGAGUCCUUGCGAAAGGCCUGAGCCAGAUCGCGGACGUAUUACCGCGCAUAGAAUCCGCAAAUAUACUCUACCCUACCGAUCGCAUGCGCCAGGCGGUAUCCGACAUAUAUAGUAAAAUCAUCCGGUUCUUCCUUCGGGCGGAGCGUUGGUAUCAGCAAGGCAAACUGCGCCAUGCGUGGGAAGCCCUGAGUCGACCCGCCGAGCUCUACUACAACGACCUGGUCCAAGAAGUCGAAGAAUGCACAAGAUCCAUUGAAGUAUUGGCGAACGCAGGCGCACAGGCGGAGCAGCGCGACAUGCAUCUAGAAAUCCAGGAAUUGGGCAAGAGGCUGAAAAGCUCGGAAGAGACCCUACAAGAAGUGCGAGGGCUGCUCAUCUCGUACCAGUCGAUUCAAACGAGUGCGAAUCUGGACACCAACCACCGCCUGACGGAUCUCCAGCUGAACCAGAUCAUGGAUUUCCUCUCUGGUGCGAACGCGCUAGAUCCGCUGAAAGCCCUGCAAUACCGCGCUUUCAUGAGAGCCCGCACCAGAGGGCGUCGGUUGAAAGAAGAGACGGGGUCGCAAUUCUGGUCAAAUCCGAAGUUUGCCGCUUGGGAGUCUGCAUCAUCACCGGCUAUGAUUAUGGUGAAAGGCGAAUACAGCACUCGAUUCCAAGUCCAGGGGUUUGCUGUUGACGUCAUACACGACCUGCGUAAUCGGACCGUCCCCAUACUCUGGGCCCUGAAGUCAGUACCGGCGCAUGGUGCAUCUGCUGCAUCGACAGUAGACGUUAUCAAAGGGCUGAUAUGCCAGGCAAUACAGCUCAAUAUUUCACAGCAGACGGAACGCUCACUUGCCCUGAGCUGUGCGCAAUUCCGUGCAGCCGACUCCGUCGAGCAAUGGUUCGACCUGCUAGCGCGUACGAUCGCUAGCUUCCCUCAGCUCUACAUCAUCGUCGACUUGGAAGCUGUGGGAAGUUCAUAUCUCCAAAGCACUUCCUGGCUGUCUCAGUUGGCCGCUAUGUUCCAACGACAUGCUUCCGGAAAGUGGAUAUCGCGGCUUAAGAUCUUGCUGAUUAGCUACGGAUCAAUGCUUUGGCAGCAAGACGACCUGCUCCACUUUCGGGAUAUUGUUGUGCCUGCACGGCAAUCUCACACUAAUUCUAUGCUUCAAGGUCGCCUACGCGGAUCUGUUUUGACCGGUCGCGCGCGGUCAAACCCUUCGAGAGGAAGCAUGCAUGCACGUUUUGUUGGCAGACGAGGGUGCCAUUCUACACUCGUAGGAGGCUGA